CGCACGUGCUACAAACACAACGGACAACGCAUAACUGUAACUAAACCCAUACAUACAAACACAGUGAUAAAGAAAAACUGUAAACUAAAGCCGAAUUAACGAGUUAAAUAAAACUGUUUCUCUCUGGCAAUUUGAAAAUAGAAUUCCAAAUUAAAUAUCCAUAGACAAAACGAUAGAACGUAAACACGUUCGUUUCGACAAAUAAAGACUCGGAUAUACAGUGCGAUAAAAAUGUGGUGGUACUGUAAAAAAACUACUAUGAUCUCCUUAUUGAUAACCGGAUGGCUGAGUGUACAGUCCGUCGACGCGUUUGGCAUCUCGUCCUUUGGAAAGGCGAACACAGAUCCGCCCAAACCUGCGACGACCACUCCACCACCUGCCCGUAUCUGCUCACGACAGCCCGACUGCGCGGGAAUAAGCAGCAGUUCCUGCGUGAGGACCCACUACGACUCGGUCACUAGAUGUCUCUGCGGUGACAACUCCUCACCGGUCAACGGCCAAUGCGAGGCGCAGUCGAAAACCCUGUAUCACGUGUGCACCGGGAGCGAAGAGUGUAACGACGGCCUCAUCUGCGCCAGCCCGAACAUCACCAGCGCCUCACCUCCUCACUACCGGGUCUACACGCCGCAAGACAAGAUUUGCCUGUGCGAUAAGGAGAACGGCUUCGUCGAGAGAGAACACACUUGCAGUGACGCAGACAUUUUGAAGACCUCCCUAUUCGCUAUAAUUGUCGUGACGUGCUUAAGAAAAAUAGUAGCGUAUUAAAACACCUUUCCUACCUUGUAAAUUAUACAUAUCAUUUUAUUAUUAAUAAUUAGUAAAUGACAAUUACGAAAUAGCAUCAACUGAUAUGUACGCUGCUUUUGGGUAACUUUAAAUAAAUGGGUUUUUAUAAUCUUUUAUUAAAUGGAGAAGAUUUAAUCAAAGAUUUAAAGUUGCCCAAAAUUAUUAGUUACUCUAGAGACGUGCACACUUUUUUUUUUGUUAAUAUGAUAUUUUAGAGAAGAUUUAUUGAGCUAUAUAAUUUCGAAUAUUAAAUUAUAAUAUUAAAUUAAGCUGAAAGACAUUAUUGAUUCGAAAUAAAUGUACUUUAAUACAAUAAAAACAAUAAAUACGUGUAGUAACAAUAAAUCACUAAUUAGGAUUUAUAAUCAAUACGUAAUAAAAUAAUAUGUUCAAUGAUUGGUACAAAUUCGUAUUAUUAUUUAGAUAAAGAAAAAAAAAACAAAAACAGUAGUAAAAUGUUUGUAGAAGCAUUUAUAGAUUUCAUAUGACAUCACCCAACAUUCGUAGAUAGUGCAUUCUCUGACACUAAGGGCAUAACACUAUAAUUCACAGGUAUGGUAACGCAUCCUAGUUUUGUUUGUAUCUGUAAGUGAUAGUUGCUUCUUCCAAAGACGAGGCAGAAUACUUUUCAAUUCAACUACGGUAUUUUUAAUAAUAAUAAUAAUUACUGUUUUUAUUGAAUAAUAUAUUAUAUUUAGUUAGAUCUAAUAGCCACCGAACUAGGCCGACCGUGUAUCUCAGUGGAUAGUUAAAUAACUUCCUUUGACUUAAAUAUUUAUAAAAGACGUUACAAUAUCGAAUAUAAACACACUCAAAUUUGCAGUGUCUAAGAUAGUUUGGAUACAACAUUUUUAGUUAAAUAUGAGUAUACUCUCAUAAAAUAUUUAUAAUAAAAUCUGCUUCAGGUAGUAUUGAUUCAACAAUACUUGUUAUUAUAACAGUAAAAUAUACGUGGCGAUAUUGUCGAGUAUGUUUUCAAUUAUCUACUCUCCUGGUAAAUAGAGUUUACAAUUCGGUGCCGUGACCAGGAUUCUCUUCUAUCAACCAUGAAUUACUUUGUACUUUAGUAACUCGUUGUUGUUGAGGAAAUGAAAAACAAACAUUUUAAACUAUGACUAUAUGGGUAAAGAUUGUUUAAAAGUAGUUCCUGGGUGUCCUUCCAUUUAUAUUUGUUCGAAUAAAAAAAAUACUAACACCUCAGAGAAACUGUUAAAAUCUAUGCCAUUUAUGUUUAAUUGACUAUAAUAUCAUCAUGGAAUGAAUAUAAUUACACUGUAUAAUAUUUUGAAUCAAUCUUUACACAGUGUAAUUAAAAAAAUAAAAAUUACAUAGAUUAUAUUAAUCCAUUCAUCGUAAUUUAAUUACGCUUAAUUAUUAUUAUAUUUUUAAUGACUAUUAGAAUUUAUUCAUCAAUAUUCCUUCACAAUAGAUCUCUGUCGGAAUAAAUACUAGAAUAUGCAUUACUAAAUUUAUUGUAUAUUUUUUUAAUCUUCAAACGUAAGAAUAAAUGUAUAAUAGACUUUUUAAAAUGUAUUUUAAGCACAGUUGUAAUAACAUAGUAUUUGCACAGACAACAAUUUAAAUGAAUAAUAAUCGUAAUAAAGUUAUUUGUCGUUUUAAAUGUUCAAAAUUAUCAGAAGUAAACACUUAUUAUAAAACUGCUGAUAUUACUGCCUACUUAUUAUUUAAGAUCAUCAUCAAUCACUCUAGUGUUGCAAGUAUUUAUAGGCUGCAAUAGUCAUAUGCUAUUAGUCUAGCCGUAUGCUUAAUUGUUACACUCGUUGUAUAUGAAAAAAUAGUUUAUAACCAUUUAUAGUAUAAUGUUAUUUAAAUUUAACACACAUGGGUUCCUAUAUAUGAAGCUGAUAUAUAUUUAAGUAUUUACUUUUUUUUUAUAAAAAAAUUCACAGCAAGAAUAUAAAAAUGUGAAAUUAUAAAUUAGUAAAUCAAAUUUGUAGGUAGAAAUGUUGCAUUGUAAAUUAACAGGCUACAAAGUAAUCUUUUUGAGCAGGCUACCAAACAAAGCAUAUAAGCAGAUAUUUUCAAAAAACUUCACAUACACACACUCUUUAUAAUAUCCUUACGACAUCUUUGCAGAAAGACUAUUCUUAAUCUAUGGUUAUAUCAAUUUAAAAUUAAUAUAUACUAUAUUUAUGUAUUAACAAAUUACCAUAGACAGAAUUACUACACAUAGUCGAAAACAGUGUAUCAUAUUUUUAAUAGCCCAUUAUAAAAAUCCCAGAGGUCACAAUUAUUAACCUUUCAUACAACUAGAGGAAGAAGAAGACAAAAAAUAAAAUAUUUUAUUAGUGAGCAGAGUAUUAGCAGUUCGUUGAUUUGUUAUUGAGACUUUUUUUAAUAUACGACGCUCCAUCUAGAUUAUACAAAUCAAUAUCUACAUGUUUUUGCUAAAUAGAAUAGAUGUAGUCACAUUUCAAGUGCCUAUAAUUAAAAUAUAACGUCCACUAUAUUAAAUGUAACAAUUGUAAAUAUUUUGUUUUCUAUAUUAUUGUAUUAAAAGCACAGUUUUCAGAAUAAAUAUUAAAACGCUU